UUUGGACAAUGUUAUGAAUUCUAAUAACUAUGGUUUAUCUUUGCCUUAUAGAUAUUUGUAUUAAUAUGCCUGUGUGCAAGUAUUAUUUGAAAGGCAAUUGCAGAUAUGGUGAUAGAUGCUAUAACGAACAUCGAAGAGACAAUGUGUCGAAUCGACGCCAAGAAAGAUGGGAAGAGGAUGAUUAUGGUGGAUCAUGGCAAGGAAGGAGCAAUAACCAUAAUCAGUAUUCCAGAUCGCAAACAUAUAACAGAUCAAGUAAUAACUUUUAUGAUAAUCGUUAUAGUAGUCCUGUCAGUACAAGCAAUCAAGGAUACAAGCAAGAUACCCGGUCAGAUGAUAACUUUUCUGAUAAUCGCUAUAGUAGUCCUGUCAAUACAAGCACCCAGGGAUACAAACAAGAUAAAUAUCAUUGGUCAAGAAAUAAUCGAUUUUCUGCAUUGGAGCAGGAAGAAAAACCUGACAAUAACACUGAUCUCAUGUUUUCUACAAUUCAGUCAGAUGUAAAAGUAUGGGCAGAAUCUAAAAUGUGGCCAUUUUCUUGCUAUUCUUAUACAAAAGAGUCUGGUUGCAUCGAAGGGUUACCAGAUAUUUCUCCAGAAGAAAUGAGAGUUUUAGCUGUUUUACAUUCUGCGGAGUACCUGAACAUUUUGAAUGAAAUUGAAUCCAAAUACUGCAGAGUAAAAGAUGAAUUGUUUGAUAUGUCUGAUGCCACCAAAAGCAGUCUUGUAUCACAAAUGAACGAUGCAGACAGUAAUCCUUCUCAGGAUCUUAUGAUUUCUUCUCUUUAUGGACCUAAAUUUAAUUUUUCUUCUGAAAAUACUUCUGAACAACUUUCUGAAACUGUGGUAUCUCCACAAACAUCAAUUAGUUUUAAAUCUAAUGACCAGUUCCAGAAUUUAUCUGAUUUAAGUAGCUUUGGUACUCCCGUAAGCGCAAUUACAGCACCUAGAACUCCUGCUUCAAACUCCACCAAAAUUUCACAAAAUAUUUCCGUUUUUGGAGCAUCCACUCCAAGUGUAUCUAAUAAUGCCACAGUGGUAGACAAAGUUUAUACAAAUGAAGACUCUCUAACAGACGAUGAAAGGAAGAAAUUUGAGGCUGACAGGUUUACAGUUGGUGAAAUACCUACUCGACCACCUUCUCAACAAUAUUGUCGAUAAUGCUUCCAAUUUUCACUGUUUUACUAUUAAGUUUGAAGUUUUAAGCAUGGUGAACAAAACAAUAUAUCUAUGAGACUAUGACAAAUUAGCUUGCAUCAUAGAAUUCCUUGAUUGAUGAACAAAUUGAAAAUCCAUAUUGUUAUGCACAAUGAAAAAGAGUCUUAGCAAUUUUUAGUAGACAAAGACUUGCAUCAUUUGAACAAGGUUACUUAUAACUGUAUUAAUAUUAAGCAAUAUAUGACUCUUUGUUUUUAUUUGAGAUGUACAGCCAUGCAUAUUACUAUGUAGGUACAAAAACUUUCCACAUGUUUCAACUCCUAUAUUUGUAUCCACAUCUGCAGCCAAUAAUUAAAUGAAAAAUGUCGUAGCUAAGAGAUCUAACUUCAGUACUUUGUCACAUUUAUUCCUUCUGUUUUAUUUUUAAUCUAUUGUUUUUUUAUGAAUUCUAAUUUCAAAGAAUUACAUUCUCUCUAUGAUAG